GUCCACGAGUGCGAAAACCUAAGAAAACCACUGGACCAAAUGAAAAAGCCAACUCACCAUCCGGCACAGCUAGCGCAGGCAGCACAGGCUCAACAACGGGUGCGGCAGCGGGAGCUACAUCGACGACAUCAUCCUCAUCAUCAUCAGAAGAUAAACGACCGCGUACAGCAUUUAGUGGUUCGCAAUUAGCAAGACUGAAGCACGAAUUCAAUGAAAAUCGCUAUCUGACCGAAAAACGCCGACAACAGCUAAGUUCUGAGCUGGGUCUCAAUGAGGCUCAAAUAAAAAUUUGGUUUCAAAAUAAACGUGCCAAAUUGAAAAAAUCCAGCGGUGUCAAAAAUCCCCUUGCUCUGCAACUUAUGGCCCAGGGCCUGUACAAUCAUUCGACAAUACCAUUGACCCGCGAAGAAGAAGAAUUACAAGAGCUGCAGGAACGAGAGAAGGCGGCCAAUAACAAUAAUCUGACACAACCAGCCGCCAGUGCGGUAUCAUCUUAAAAGUUC